GUGCUUUCAGUGCGAUGCACAUUUCAUGUCCAUAGUUGCUAAGUUGCGUUUUGGUCACUGACUUUGCGCGGUUGCAUUGUACACUAAAUAUCUGAAAACAACAAGCACGCUUUCGUGGACGCUGCUAAGUUCUUGCUACCCCACUGGUUCUCUCAUUUGGUUGCAAUUCGGUCUACAAUGGCCUCCUUCAGCGACUCAGAGUGGAGGUGCCUGUGUGAGAAGUACCAGCGCUCUGUGUUUCUCUCCGAGACCGAGUCCAAACAGGACCCAGAUAACGACCCUUUCCGCUCCAAAUACAGCGCCCGGGAUUUGCUCAAAGAGAUUAAAGCGACAAUUGUGCAGGCCGACGGUGGAGGGAACGAGUCAGACUUGGAGCAGCAGGCCAGCUGUCAACAAGACAUUGACCCCGAACUGCAGGGCCCCAGCAUCGUAGCGGGAGAGUGCUGUGUGUGCCCGGCCUCCCUGGCUACACUCCGCCGAGCGGUGAUCGAAUAUCAGCUCGGUGUGAACCACGCCGAGACCGAGGAGCUGUCCGCGGGCGAGGAGCAUCUGAUGAACUGCGUCCGUCUGCUGGAAACGUUUGAGGCGACGCCGGAGAGCAUCUCCUUGUUGAUACAGGCCCGGAACCAACUUGGAAUCCUUUGGGCUGGAAGAGAAGAGACUGACAAAGCUCAGAGUUUCUUGGAGAAUGCAGAGUUGCUCUACACUAAAUACACAAAAGAGAUUGGAAAGCCACCUUUAGACCCAAGUGAAUUCUUCAUGGCAGAAGAGCAGAAAUUAACUGAACAAGAACGCAGCCGGAGAUUUGAAAAAGCCUACACCUAUACUUUAUACUACUUGGCACAAGUAUAUAAAAACCAGGAGCAGAAUGAAAAGGCAGCCCGCUAUUGCCAUGCCACUCUUCAGAGGCAACUGGAGUUCAACGACUUUAUUCCACUGGAAUGGGCCAUCAAUGCUGCCACUCUUUCACAGUACUACAUAACUAAGUCGUGCUACAUGGAAGGACGUCACUGCUUAGCUGCUGCAUCUGUGGUUUUUGAACUGGCCGGGGAGAUUCCAUCAGAAGCAGCUGCACAAGAAAGUGAAGCUGAGAACGAGAAGAGAGAACAGCUUUGUCAAAGGGGAGCUGAAAUUGCACGAUGCUGGAUUAAGUAUUGCCUGAAUCUUCUUUUAGAUGCCAAAAAAAUGCUAGAGGAUAAUAUUGGCGAGCUAGACCUUGACCGGCAGGAUGAGCUGAAAGCAAAGAGGCGUCAAGAAGAGGAGGCAAAGGAAAUUGACCGCAAGACGGCAGUCCUCUUUGGUUCCAGUGACACGUUUGACUCUAUUCUGGCUGUAGAAGAGAAAGUAAGCUGUGCCUACCCCCUGGAUUUUGAUGAGGCCCGAGCCAUCUUUUUGUAUGGGCAGAACAAUGUCAACGUGGCCAAGGAAUACUUCAAAAUGGACGGACACGUAACGGAUCACAUUGAAAUUCUGCAGGACCACAGUGCCCUCUUUAAGGCACUAGCCUUUUUUGAAGAGGAUUAUGAGAGGUGCUGCAAAAUGCACAAACGUCGCAUUGACAUGCUGGAGCCUGUUUGCAAAGACCUGAACCCUCAAUACUACCUUCUCAUUUGCAGGCAGCUACAGUUUGAAUUAGGAGACACUUAUUUUGAGAUGAUGGAUCUGAAAAUUGCACUGGCAAACAAGCAGGAAUCACUGGACAGUCACACAAUUAAGAAGAUCAACCACCUGAUUUACUCUUCUAUUUCAUUUUAUGAACAGUUCCUUGAGUCACUCAAGAAUGCGGAGAACAAAUUUCCAGAAAAGCUGGAGGAGGAUGUCCUUCGGCCUGCCCUUGUUGCAAAGUUCCGUAUUGCUCGGCUCUACAGCAGGAUUAUUAGCUCGGAUGGCAACAGACAGCUAGAGAGCCUCAGCAAGUCCGUGGAGUAUUAUAAGUAUGUGGUCGACUACUGUGAACAGGAUCCUGAUUCCAAAAAGGCAGUGGAGACUGAACUGGAGCUCAGUGAAGAGAUGUUGGGCCUCCUGCCGGUGAGACUGGAGCGCUUAAGAGACAAACUUAAUAACUCUUGUAACUAAAUGGCUGCCUGUAAGAAUGUUAAAUGCAGACCAUAAUUUCCUUACGUUAACUGUCCUCCAAUGUUUAUACCCCUCUGAAGAAUCACUUGGAUGUCACCUCUGCAUUCUCCUUAACGUUUAUGUCCAAAAGACUUGCCCAUAAUAUUUUCCCUAAUUUUUUGAAUGCACUUUUCUUUUACUGCCUGCUUACUACUGUGAGUCUCGGAGUGCAAGGAGAACUGCAGCCUAUCCUAGCAGCAACAGAAGAGUGGGCUUUGCUCAAGCCAGGGGGCACCAACAGUGACCUAAUAGGCCGCAUCCACACACACGCACAUCUGAGGCAGAACCCACACAACUUCAGAGGUAAAUUAAGGUAGGAGGUGGGCUACAGACGGCAGACUGCAACAUGAGAGCAACGGCUCACUUCACUCUUAACGCUCCUCGAAUGAAAAUGCCUUACAUAAUGGCUGUUUAUCUUAAAGGCUGAGCAGAAAUGAUAUUCAAAAGGGUAAUAAAUACAUGCGAGUCUGUAACUUGA